GGAAGGAGGGCGGGAGAGAGGUUGGGGAGGGGAGGAAACUACGGACAGAGACAGCAACAGCAAAGAGUGAGAGAACUGGAGCAGUAAAAAGAGGCAGGGACUGAGAGUUAAAAGCACAAGGAGCAAAGGGGAGACAGAUCAUGGAACUGCUCCUGCAGUUCUGGUCCCAGGUUCUAUCCUGCAGGAAAAUUCUCCCAGCACUGGGCAUCGCCCUCAUCGUUUUUGCCCUGCUAACUGAUUUUGUGAAACGCAGGAAGAGCUGGAGCCGCUACCCACCAGGGCCAACCUCGCUGCCUUUCAUUGGGACGAUGCUGCAGAUCGACUACCACAACCCGCACCUCUCCUUUACCCAGCUGAGUAAAAAAUUUGGAAACGUCUACAGUCUUCAGAACUGCUGGAACAAUCUGGUGGUAGUGAAUGGAUUCCAGGCAAUAAGGGAAGCAUUGGUCCAGAAAGCAGAGGACUUUGCUGACCGACCACCCCUUCCUAUAUAUAAACACUUGGGCUAUGGAAAGAACUCCGAAGGGUUGGUGGUUGCAAGAUAUGGACACGCCUGGAAGGAGCAAAGGAGAUUUACACUCUCCACCUUGAGGAACUUUGGGAUGGGAAAAAAAUCCCUGGAACAGCGUGUGAUUGAGGAAACUGGAUUUCUAUGCUCUGCGAUCUGUUCUGAAAAAGGUCGUUCUUUUGAUCCACAUUUUCUUAUAAACAAUGCAGUUAGCAACGUGAUCUGUUUCCUCGUCUAUGGUGAGCGCUUUGACUAUAACAAUAAGAAAUUUCAGAGGUUGCUCCGUGUGUUUGAAGAAGCCUUGAAUGAAGAAAGUGGAUUCCUGCCCCAGUUCCUCAUAGUAGUACCUUGGUUGCUGCACAUACCCGGAGUGCCACAGACUGUCUUCCAAUCACAAGCGAAGCUCCUGGCCUUCACAGAUGAGCUAGUGAAGGAGCACAAGGCGACCUGGAAUCCUACCCAAAAGAGAGACUUCACUGAUGUUUUUCUACAUGAGAUCGAAAAGGCUAAAGAGCAUGUGGGGAGCAGUUUCAAUGAGAACAACCAACGUUUGGUAACAGUUGACUUGUUUUCUGCUGGCACUGAGACGACCUCCACCACCCUGCGCUGGGCGUUGCUGUACAUACUUCUCUAUCCUGACGUUCAGUCUAAAGUCCAAGAGGAAAUUGAUAAGGUGAUUGGCAGGGACAGGUCACCCCAGAUGGAGGACCAAGUGAACAUGCCUUAUACCAAUGCUGUGAUCCACGAAACUCAACGUUAUGGGGAUAUCGUUCCUGUUGCAGUGCCCCACAUGACAUACCGGGACACCGAGCUCCAAGGCUUCUUCAUUCCAAAGGGGACGACAGUCAUCACCAACUUGUCCUCAGUACUGAAGGAUGAAACAGUUUGGGAGAAGCCGCAUCAGUUCUACCCAGAGCAUUUCCUGGAUGCAGAUGGGCAGUUUGUGAAGCCAGAGGCCUUCUUGCCUUUCUCUGCAGGUCGUCGUGUUUGCCUAGGGGAGCAGCUGGCCAGGAUGGAGCUUUUCCUCUUCUUCACCUGCCUUCUGCAGCAUUUCACCUUCUGUCUCCCUGAAGGCCAGCCCAGACCUCGAGAGGAUGGACACUUUGCUGCGACACUUGCCCCAUACCCCUACCAGAUCCAGGCUGUCCCAAGAUAAGUGCAGUUUUCUGCCAUGUUCUCCUUAUAUAUCUUAGGAGAGCUAUAGCACUUAACUGAAACAUCCUCACAGGCUGACAGGACGGCUUCUUCUGUCAGCAUUGUUAAUCCACCUCCCCCAGAGGCAGCAGGUCUGGAGAUGGGAGAAGCUCUCCUGCUGACAUAGUGCUGUCUACACCAGGGUUAGAUCCAUAUAAUUACGUUGAUCAAAGGUAUCGAUUUUUCACAUUCCACAGAGAUGUACUUACAUGGAUAUUUAGAUCGGCAGCAUAGACCUGGCCUUACUGUUGUGUAUGCUUCU